GGGAAGUAAUUGGCAGUAUUACUGCUACAAGUUGAUGUACUAACUGAUUUGUCAUUACUGACUGGGGGAAACAAACAGGUGAGAUAUGAUGAAUGCUCUGGGUUUUGCUUUUCUUUGUCUGCUCCUCUGGCCUGCGGCUACAGAGGCUCAGUUUCCUCGAGUGUGCUGCACAGUUGAGGGAAUCGUGUCCAAGCAGUGCUGCCCCGCUCUGGGCUCAGAUGCGGCCAAUGUGUGCGGUUCUCUGUUGGGGAGAGGAAGCUGCUCGGCGGUUCGAGUUGACAACAAACCGUGGGGAGGACCGUACAGACUGAGAAAUGUUGAUGACAGAGAGAGGUGGCCGACCAAAUUCUUCAAUCAGACUUGCAGAUGUACUGGUAACUUUGCAGGGUAUGACUGUGGUCAGUGUAAAUUUGGCUGGACCGGACCAAACUGUGACCAGAAGAAAGCCCCUGUGGUACGGAAGAACAUCCACUCCCUGACCCCAGAAGAGCUCCAGGAGUUUCUUGAUGUUCUGGACCUUGCUAAAACCACCACCCACCCAGACUAUGUCAUUGCCACACAGCACUGGCUGGGACUCCUGGGACCAAAUGGAACUGAGCCCCAGUUUGCCAACAUCUCCAUCUACGACUUCUUUGUCUGGCAACAUUACUACUCCGUCCGGGACACUCUCCUAGGUCCCGGUCGGCCGUUCAAAGCUAUUGAUUUCUCACACAAAGGACCAGCAUUCAUCACCUGGCACAGGUAUCACCUCCUCAGCUUGGAAAGAGAGUUACAGAGAUUGACCAGGAAUGAGAACUUUGGGAUCCCUUACUGGAACUUUGCCACGGGGCAAAAUGAGUGCGAUGUGUGUACCGACUCUCUACUGGGAGGCCGAAACCCAGACAACCCAUCCCUCGUCAGUAACCAGUCCAGAUUCUCCAGAUGGGGGGUGGUAUGUGACAGUUUGGAUGAGUACAAUCGCCUGGUGACUCUUUGUAAUGGCACCCGUGAGGGUUCCAUUCAGAGAGGGAUAAUGGAGAGAGGCAAGAUGUCUCUGCCCACCAUGACUGAUGUCAGAAGCUGUCUGGGAAUGAAAGACUUUGACAGCCCUCCGUACUUCACCAACUCCACCUUUAGUUUUAGAAAUGCUCUUGAAGGGUACGAAAAACCAGAUGGAGAGCUGGAUGAAGCGGUCAGUAACCUUCACAACCUCGUCCACUCCAUGGUCAACGGAACCAGUGCUUUGUCUCACUCUGCAGCCAACGACCCCAUCUUUUUGGUGCUCCACGCUUUCACUGAUGCCAUUUUUGACGAGUGGAUGAGAAGGUUCGUUCCAUCCAAUGCCACCUUCCCAGAUGAGAUGGCCCCCAUUGGUCACAACAGGGACUACAACAUGGUUCCCUUCUUCCCUCCGAUCACCAACGAAGAGAUAUACGUUACAUCUGAGAACCUGGGAUAUUCCUAUGCCAUUUCCAUGGAUGAUGCAGAUGGGGGGCCGGCUGUGUUUGUGCUGGGCUCCACUCUGGGGGGAGUCUUCAUCGGUCUCCUGGCGCUUCUCCUUAUCUUUGUGCUCUACCUGCGUCGACGGAGAAAUAGAGGCUUUGAACCUCUGAUAAAAGCAGACUUCACAAAUAGAAAUUACACAGAGGAAGCGUAGAUUUCGCCAGUUGUUCUGAAACACACUUCAAUACCUUAACACCUGAGAGAGAUGAGCAGCCAAUUAAAAAUGUUCUGUAUGCCCUACUGUGAUGCAAGAGGAAAAUAUGAAUCCUGUGUUUGAACUACACUUGGACUUUUUAGGUUAAAUCCAAUUUCAUAUAAGAACAAUUGUGUGAAUCAUGUAAAUUUGAUUGGAAAUAGUAAUAGACACUACCCAAUACCAAUCGAAAUUAAUGUAUAAUUUCAUUAAUUCUGUGAGCUUACAAGAGCAUAUCCUCAUUUCCAUUUUUAUGAACAUUUUAAAAUUUCUUUGUAACAGCCACUACACAUAGAAAUCUAUUGGAAUGUUUUUAAUAAAUAUUUAUUCUCAAGAACAGUAACAAAACACAAAUGCAAUCAUCUUAAUUGCACUGAAAAACAAUAAGGCAUAUUUGCUUACCUAGUUAUUCACCCCUCUUUGUUUGAAAUUCCAAACACCACCUCAUUAGGGUUUUACUUCAUAGAGAAAUGCAUUGAUUGUAAAAAAAAAAAUGGACUCAAAGCAUUUCAUGCUAAUUCUAUUUUUCAGAUAAAUUGUCUGACAGACAUCCAUUUUUUAUGUUUUAUUGCAAAAAUAUUACCAUUAAAAGUUCAAUGAUACAAAACAUAAAAAGGGUAUCCUGUAAAAUUAAUAUUAAUAAUAAAGAAUCCUUUUAAAUGACGCUUUUGACAUAUUUUCACUGUUUUUGUUCUUGCGAUAUGGAUGCAAACACUGACUUAAAUGCAAUAAAAAAAAGCUCAACAAAUACUCACUGAUAUACUGCGGAGGAAGGUUAUAACACAGGUUAAUUCCUUGGAUAUGUAAGCUUAGCUGGCCUGGUGGUUAUGGAGCCAACAGGCUCUUAGAGAACAGUGGACGGAUGUACAGGCUGGUUUUGUCCGUCCCCCUCAGCAGUGCCAGGCCUCUCACAUUCUCUGUAAGUACGCUCUACUGAGGAGCUUCACUGGAGCAUUCAGGCCUGUCCGGACUCCACAGAUUCUCAUUUCACAGGUGACUGUGGUCGGCUUCCAGCCAGUCUGUGCUGCAGACAUAACCAUUCAAGCUUUACAGAUACAUUUAGGGCCCAUUUCUUUGCAUUUCCAGUAAACACUGUGUGCUGUUUGCUACGUCUUCUCUUAAUAAUUCACUCACCUUUUAAACAAAGGUGGUAAUAUAUUCGGAGUAAUAGCAACACUUAACUUUUUACUACUCCAUGAUAGUAUUUCAGUUUUGUAGCUUUAUAAACACCACAAUGCAUAUGGCUAUUUUAUCCAAACUGUAAAAGCAGUAACAGGAUAAGCUUUUGCAGUUCAAUCACAUAUGCAAAAGUGACACCUUUUAUAUUCCUGUAUAUGCAAAUCCAGAAUUCAGGUGUAAUACUUGUAGACUAUUCUGAAGAUUCAGAAACACAUGUUAUAUGCCCCAAUUACUGUAAAUGAAUAUAAAGAUUACACUAGCAGAAUA